AUGUAUGAAGAAUCUCCCCAUAUAGCUGUUGAACUUGAUUUUCCUUGCAAAAAAUCAUUUGGAACAAAUGCGAAUGAUGAUUCGUCGACUCUAGCUUAUGGUUUUGGUUAUAAUGAGUGUCAAGAUGAUUAUAAAAUUGUACAAAUUAUGGGGUCACGUAGAGAGAAUAGAUUUGGAGAGUUUGAAGAUUUGAAUGAUGUUAGGAUUUAUAGUUUAAGAAGUAAUUCUUGGCAAAGGAUUCUUGAGAACUUCCCAGGUGUUUUCUUUCGCAAUCAUGCUAAAUUUGUGAAUGGAAGACUUCAUUGGUUUUCUACUCGUUUUAUGGAUAAUUUUUUCUCGCGAUUUGUUGCUUCAUUGAACCUCGAAGACGAUAUAUAUGAAGAAGUAGCAUUGCCCGACCUUGAUGAUGGUAAUGUUGGGGAACUAGGAACCUUAGGAGGUAAUCUUUGUGUAUCUGGUAAUGUUGGAGUCAUGGACCAAGAACGUUUUAAAGCAUCAUCAGAUUCAGAUUCUGGUUCAUAA